AUGGGAGGCGACGUAGUCGUGGGUGGAUAUUGGUUAGUCGAAGAAAAAAUCGGAGAGGGGUCUUUCGAAUUAAUUGAAGUUGCUCAUCCUCAACUGCCGCAUGAGGCUGAAGUGCUCAAGCUACUUAAAGGAGCGAGUUAUGUUUUGCUAGAAUUAUUACGAGGUGAUCUUCCUUGGGCUGGAGUUACCGCACGUAAUUCACGUCAAGGGUGGGCAAAGAUGUUAAAGAUAAAAGAGGAAAUCCCAUUAGAGGAAUUAUAUGACGGCCUUCCAAGAGGAUUUAUGCUCUAUCUUCAAUAUACAAGAAGUUUACAGUACGAUGAAGAACCGGAUUAUAAUCGCUUGCGAAAAUUGCUAGCUGGGAUGGAGGCCGAAAAAGUGACUAGAGAACCUCUAUUUUUUGAUGAUGUUUGUGAACGUCCUCUUUCUCCACGUCAACGGAGUAUUAGGUCACAAUCUCCGCUGACGAUAAAAUCACCACGUGGUGGAAAUGAUUAUGAUGAUGAUGUGGCUUAUGCUUCCCCUCCACCAUCACCUUUUUAUAAAAGAAAGAACUUUUCAUGGCGUACUAAAAACAAGGACGAAAUUAAUUGUUUUGGUACACCAGAACGUUCAAAUUCUUUAACCAUAUCUCCUAGCACAAAUACGACUCCAUAUCAAAAAUUCAAUACUGUAUCUUCUCGUUCAUUCUCGUUACCUUACCGUGAUCCUGGUUACGCAGAUAACGGUUACCAUCCUAAUGGUCGGGAUGAACGACGUGCAAAACGUCCUGAAAAUAUCAGAAAGCCACCUUAUGUUAGAAGGCAUUCCACAAAAACCCCUUGGAACAUUGUUAAAGAUUCAAAUACGCAAUGGGAGCAAGAUGUUCAGCAGAAAUGUGAGAAUGCUUGGAAAAAUGGUCAAUCUUGGAAUGAUAAUAAUUUCGAUAGCCAAGAAAUAAAUUCUGUUCCCUCAACUCCAAUUAAUGAGCAUGGAUUUUGGAUUGAUAAUGCUGAUCAAGAAUUUCAAGGCUUUGAUGGUGGAUUAGUUGGUGAUUCUGAUG